AUGGUCAAAGUGACGAUGCCGACAAAGUUCGUCCUCGCGACAUGUCUGUACGCGGCAGCAGCUUCAGCUGAAAGUGUCAACUUUAUCAAUAAAUGCUCACACCCAAUUGAGCUAUACCAUAGCCAGAUGGGCUCGGCUGCUGCUAAGGUUUGUGACAUUGCUGUUGGAGAUACGUAUAGCACCGACGUAACGGGUCCUGCGCACAUGUAUCGCCACACAGUUAGUGAAUCAGCUACUUUACUCGAGUUGUCAUGUGAUAGCACGUUUUGGAUGGACAUGAGCAUUAUUCCACCUGAUUCGAAAUUGUGCAAAGAUUAUAUCGACUGCAAGGCUGGUGGCACAAAGACUGGUUUUAACGUGCCCAUGUCUGUGGUGCCAAAGAGCAAUAUCGGUGUCGGCUCGUGCUCGGAACUCUACUGUGCUGCUGAUGAUGAGAAUGCUUGCGCCGAUGCGUACCAUUUCCCUAUGGACAACACAAAGACCCAUAGCUGCCCCACAGGCACGAAGAUUGAUGUGACCUUUUGCUUCACAAAUAAUGGUGGUGGCUUGAUUGGGGGGCUUGUUAAGCAGACUGAGGUUCAGGAUGUGACGCAGACUGAGGUUCAGGAUGUGACGCAGACUGAGGUUCAGGAUGUGACGCAGACUGACUUAUCGUAUUCUUCGGAUUACAAGGAUAACUCAAAUGAGGAUGGAAAGGUUUAUGAUCUAGAGGACCUCGGUUCCGUCUUGGCCAAGUACGAGUACAAGGGCAAAUACGCCGGUAACGUUCCGGGUGUGUACGACUCUGUCAUUGAUAUUCAGCAAUGCACGAAAAAACAAGUGAGUGUGAAUAGCCCAGUGGGUCCCAUGUCGGAGCCAGUGUCCUUGAUCUUCCGUGGUCCAUGCGAGAUUGAAAACAUUGCAGUGUUCUCGGAUGAAGCCGGUGACAACAAGUGGAAUCGAGUGUCUUAUUACUCACGUGAGGCUCAAACGACUGAUAAUAUGGUGUUCAUGAACAAUAAGAAAAUUGAUUACAGCGGUAAGAGGAAGCACAGUCCGCAGUGUUAUGCUUCGGCGGACGGCAAGUCAAUGGCAGACAUGCCAACGGUGUUUGGUGGCGUACUUGAUGAUGCUUCAGACCCGAGUGCUAUUGGUGGUGGUCCUGGUAUUUCCACUGGUGUUGAGGUGAACAUCAUGAGUGGUGAGAAAUGCAAGGAUAAGACGUACGGCUAUUGUGGUGCGAAUGAUCACCAGGGCUGGGGCGGUGGCAAGAAGGCAUUUGUGACGCGACUCUCAAUGCCUCUUGGUAAAGGUGUGAACAGACCUGCUUUUUGGAUACUUAACGCUCAAAUUAUGCAUGUUGGUCAGUAUGAUCCGUGCAAUUGCCGUGGCAUGGGCCCCGAAGGUCGCUGUGGUGAACUUGACGCUGUUGAGGUAAUUGAAACGAACCUUCUGCAGGACAUGGUGUCGACGCACUUCUACUUUUUCGAUGGCUCAAUCCUCAGUCCUGGCGGUGAUAACUUUGCGAAGCGCUCGUAUGAAUCGACCGUGUACGUUGUGCUUAUUGACGACUCAAACGACGGUCUCAUUAAGAUUGUCCAGCUUGAGACCUUUAACUUUUCACGCACGGACCUUGGCUCGCUGUACCAUCAACUGGUGGCCUGCUAA